AAGUCAAAAAUAAACGCAUGGAACUUUUACGAUUUUAAGAAAACUGGUUUCCAAAGUGAAGUGGUGGUAGUUAUUGUAAGUGAGUGUAAUCGGUGCUGUGCGCAAAAAGAGCUGCAGGGAUGGACAAUUUUUUUUUCUGAGUAGUUUCUAAAAGACUGUUCUGUUUUAUGAAUUGUGGUGAAAAUCUUUAGCUAAAUGUGUCUGAUCUUACACUCAUGGUUUGGAAAGGACCUUGGAGAUGGUGUCAUGCUCGGUUCUGUCCUUGGCAUUUUGCUGACUUUUUUCAAGAGUGGUUUUUUCGGCCUCUUGUACUAUCUCACGGUGGACAAACAUACUUUUUGGGAUAGAGAACUAGCUUCCCCUUCACCACUGACAUAUUUCAUAUACGAUUUGGUUAUCCUCCUGGCGUUCAUCCUGAUUUUCAUCGGAGGCAAAAAAUGCAGCUCCGCGCUGCUGGUGACCGGUCUCAUCUGUCUGAUCGUGGGAUUUGUAGCCCAAUUUCUGUCCCUAACCGUCCACAUCGCGGCGUGGAUCGCCAAAGGUCAACAAUUGCAGCAUGGCGCCGCCAACGCUCACCCGACGUUUUUCAUCAAAAGGACGACUGAAAUGCCGUUUCUUUUUUCAGAGGAACCGACGAUGAGGACAACGCUGACCGUCACGGCACUGUUCAUUUUAACCGCGAUGUACCUAAUUUACACUUUCUACUUUAUUAUGACGGUUACUUCAUACACUGCUCACAUCGGAGAGGUCAGAGUGCGGUGAUAACUGGUUCUAAUAAAUUGUGAUUCUGGAAAUCAGGAUCUCGAGAGAGCGAUCUUCACAAGACUCAAAACAUAGCUGGACGAGAACUUGGAGUCGGCGCGGCGCAGUGAACGAACCGCGCGCCUUCAAUUGAGGCGUUAUGCGAUCUGACCUACCCAGGAGUUCGAAUAAUUGCCGCUCGGGGUUUGACCGAAGUAUCCGCUGAGAUCUUCCGUGGACUCCACUGCGCAGGCUACAAAACUCUUCGCAAAAAAUGUAGGCGAUUGAGCAUAUUGUUAGUUGGCAAGUAUGGCUAACUUAGAGAGAAAAAACUACCAUAGAAAGAAUAAGCAUCAUUCAA